ACUAUUCCUUUAAGCAGAAUAACCUCGUCUUUCUAUCACAGGUGCACUUUCCCAUAAAAACGAGAGAGGGCGCUCUUUCACUGUGUCCUUCCCUCCGCCGGGUUCUCAGGCUGCGGUUCUUUCCACUCCCCUCAUCUUCCAUCCGAUAUACUAUAGCACAAGCGAGAAAAAAAAUCAGCUCAAGCUUUUCCGGUCUGCAAGCCCAAAUUUCCUCCCAAGACCUCUGGCGCUCGAGUAAAGCGACUCGCAGGCAGCCCAGGCAAGGAUCUGCAGGGUUGUCGCCGCGGGAUAUUCCGCCAGUCUCUCGCUCCCUCUCUCUCUCAUAUACGUUAUUUAUAUGUGUAUAUGUAUCAUCCGCGUGCGGAGAAAAUGCCUCUCUUCGGCGGCGUGUGCGUGUGGAAACGGAUCCGAGGGGAGUGAGCGAGGGAGAAAGGAGGGAAUGGUUCGGCAGAUGGGGAUGCACAGGACUUCAACACUACGGCCGCUCCGACCUCCGCUUCUCAUUCAUGCACUGCCCAGCUGGGCUCUCCGUGAAACCAGCGAGCUCCUCUCUCGAUCCUCCUCCUCCUCCGUCUCCUCCUCCUCCAUCUCUCAGCCGCUCCGCCGCUGCAUUCGUUCAUUUAUUUGUCCGACUCGUUUCUAUUACAUAACGCGGUGUCUUGGUCGCUCGCGUUCGACUUCGUUUUCACGCACAAAGGAACGCAAAGGAUGUUUAUCCUCUUCAUCAUCAUCAUCAUCCUCAUUAUUAUUAUUUUUGCUUGACACCGUCCUGUGGUUGGCAAGGCGUCUUGGGGAGCCAACGCUGGAUUGAUUAAACCGACCGACUGUGCUGGUUUGUUUCGGACUAAAUGACCGCGGAGCGGUACGGCAUAAGGGUGGAAACCUCAGUCCAGCGGUGAUGAGAAGACCAACUCUCCAAGUGGAUCCAGUUGGUGUGCUGCCAGAAGCAUCUGGAAAGAAUAACACGGGGAUACAACCAACCCCCCUCCCCAGAAGACCGGAGAAGAAUUCACAACGCAGACCAUCUCAGCUUUUAAAUUCCGUGGCUGCUGACCAAUGUAUUUUACUUUUAUUUUAAUGGGCAAUUACCUACACUGGCACACAAAGUCCGACUUGGGUUCACGAGAUAAGGUUUCUUAUCACGAGUGACUUGAACGUGUUGGAUAAUUUGUCGCCUUCAUCGCAGCUGAUAAGUUGUUAAGGACCAUUCCCCCCCCCAAAAAAACCCCAAAACAAACCAAAAUACAACAGCUUGAAAAAUUCUGAAAGGAUCGUGGAUAGCUAUGCAGUGAAGAUGUGUGCUGCCAGAUUCAGCGGGAGUCUAAAUGGGUGUGCAGAGGAGGCCACCAAUGGCACCGGGGCUGCCGGUUUGGCCACAGUCUCCCGGGUUUUGGACUGGACAGAGACAGGUCCGCGCAUCCUGCACAGCCUGGAGAUCGGCACCGUGAUGACAAUCUUCUACCAGAAGAAAUCCCAGCGGCCCGAGAGGAGAACCUUCCAGAUUAGGCAGGACAUGCGCCAAAUAGUGUGGAGUCGUAACCCUGACAAACUAGAGGGAGAGAUUGACAUACGGGAGAUUCGGGAGCUGCGGUUGGGAAAGGGCUCCCGGGAUUUUGAGCGCUACCCAGAAGAGGCUCGUAAACUGGACUCCACCCACUGCUUCAUUGUACUCUAUGGCUUGGAGUUCCGCCUAAAGACCCUCAGUGUGGCUGCGUUCAGUGAAGAGGAGGUGAACAUGUGGAUCACCGGUCUCAACUGGCUGAUGGUCGACACCCAGCGAGCUCCAGCACCACAGCAGAUAGACAGGUGGCUGAGGAAACAGUUUGAAGUCAUGGACAGGAACCACGAGGGCAGCAUCACGGUGAAGGAUGUGAAAGCUUUGCUGCCUCAGAUCAACUAUAGAGUCCCCAGUAUGCGCUUUCUCAAGGACAAGCUACAGGAAGUGGAGGCCAGGAGUGAACUUUCAUACCCCAACUUUGCACAGCUCUACAGGACACUGAUGUUUGAUGCACAGAGGAGUAUAAUUGAACAGCUGGAACUCUCCUUCCCCCUCCGGAAUGUGGACAGGCCCGAGCUUUGUCAGAUCUCUCUGUACGACUUCCAAAAGUUCCUACAGAUGGACCAGAAGGAAACGUGGGCCUCUGAUUUGAGUCGUGUCAGAGAGCACCUCAUGGGGUACCUUAGGGGUGGUCCGCAGUCUGAGCCAAUGCUACAACUUGAUGAGUUCCUGACCUUCCUGUUCUCUAAAGAGAAUUCUCUGUGUGACCCUCGACCCUCUCCUGCUGUCUCUGAUGAAAUGAAGAGACCUCUGUCCCAGUACUGGAUCUCCUCCUCACACAAUACAUAUCUGACUGGUGACCAGUUUUCCAGUGAGUCCUCUCUGGAAGCCUAUGCCCGCUGUCUGAGGAUGGGCUGUCGUUGCAUUGAACUGGACUGCUGGGAUGGACCCGAUGACCUUCCAAUCAUCUACCAUGGCCACACUUUGACCUCAAAGAUCAAAUUCCUGGAUGUGCUACACACUAUCAAAGAACAUGCUUUUGUCACAUCUGAGUACCCUGUGAUCCUGUCCAUAGAGGACCACUGUAGUGUGGUUCAACAGAGAAACAUGGCCACCCACUUUAAGAAGGUGUUUGGAGAUCUGCUGCUGACCAAACCAGUUGACACCAACGCAGAGGAGCUGCCUUCACCAUACCAACUCCGCAGGAAGAUCCUCAUCAAGCACAAGAAACUGGUAGAGGGUACCCUGUAUGAGGAGGUGUCCUCAGCCAGCUAUUCUGAAAAUGACAUCAGCAACUCCUUAAGGAACGGCAUCCUUUACCUGGAGGACCCCAUUGACCAUACAUGGACUCCCCACUACUUUGUCUUGACCAGUAAUAAGAUCUACUACUCGGAGGAGACAUCACACUACCAGACAGCAAAGGAAGAGGAGGAGGAAGAAGGAAAAGAGGAGUGUAACAACAAUGAGCAGCAUUGUGCUGAGCGCUGGUUCCAUGGCAAGCUGGGCGGGGGUCGCGAUGGACGACAGGUGGCUGAGAAGCUCUUACAAGAGUACUGUGAGGGCGGGGCUAAAGACGGCACCUUCCUGGUCCGUGAGAGUGAGACAUUUGUCGGAGACUACACCCUCUCGUUCUGGCGUUCUGGGCGUGUGCAGCACUGCAGGAUCCACUCCCGUCAAGAGUCUGGCUCCACUCGCUUCUACCUCACUGACAACCUGGUGUUUGACAGCCUUUAUUGCCUCAUCUGCCACUACAGAGAGACACCUCUCCGCUGCAACGAGUUUGAGAUGAGGCUAGGCAGCCCCGUACCACAACCCAACGCACACGAGAGCAGAGAGUGGUUCCAUUCCAGUCUGUCCCGUGUCCAGGCUGAACACAUGCUGAUGCGAGUGCCCAGAGAUGGCGCUUUCCUGGUGCGGAAACGCAGUGAACUCAACUCCUACGCUAUCUCCUUCAGGGCGGAGGGUAAGAUCAAGCACUGCCGUAUCCAGCAGGAGGGUCGUCUUUUCAUGCUGGGCAGCUCAGCAGAGUUUGAGAGCCUGGUGGACCUGGUCAGCUACUAUGAGAAACACCCUCUCUACCGCAAGAUGAGGCUCCGUUACCCCAUCAACGAGGAUACCCUGGACCGCAUGGGCACCACGGAGCUGGACUAUGGGGCACUGUAUGAGGUUCGCACCCCUCACUUCUAUGUCGAAGCUAAUAAGAUGCCCACAGCGCGGUGCACAGUGAAGGCCCUGUAUGACUAUCGUGCUCAGAGGGAAGAUGAGCUGUGCUUCCCCAAACAGGCUCUCAUUCUUAAUGUGGACAAACAGGAAGGUGGCUGGUGGCGAGGUGACUAUGGAGGUAAAAAACAGCUGUGGUUCCCUGCCAAUUACGUGGAAGAGGUGCCCAGCUCUCCCACCAGAGAGCCAGAUGAAGUAUCCACAGAGAACAGCCCUCUCGGCACAUUCCUCAAGGGCUUCAUAGAUGUACCCACCUGCCAUGUUUUGGUUCUAAAGGAUGGGAAAAGCUCUAGGCCCCAUGUGUUCAUAGUCCACUCCCAGCAGCUGUCCUCUCACCCGGUCCAGACCCUAUAUGUGGCAGCUGACAGCAUGGAGGACCUGAUGGGCUGGGUCUGCAAGAUCCGAGAAGCUACACAGAAUGCUGAUGCUCGGAUGCAAGAGGAGAAGCAGAUGGAAAGGAGGAAGAAGAUUGCCGUGGAGCUGUCUGAGCUGGUUGUAUACUGUCGACCUGUCCCUUUCAAUGAGGAGAGUAAGGGUCCAAAACCCCUUUACUUCAUCCCUUUGAUUUUCAAUAUAUCUGUCUCUCUCCCUCUUUCUGUCCUCAGGCCAAAGCUUAAGUCACUUAAUGCCAUCUCAUCAUUUUCUCUGUUUGUAUCCCUGUCUGUCUUUCUUCAAUUUCUUUCAGCCUCUCACUUGAUCUUUUACGUAAUAUUAUCUACUUGGUUUGAUCAUGACCCUACACCCCAAGUGUUGCUAAAUUUGACUGUGUGUGACUCUUUCUUCACUUCCCCACUGCUUCCAGAGAUUGGGACCGAGAGGGCAUGCUACCGGGACAUGUCCUCUUUCCCGGAGACCAAGGCAGAGAAGUUUGCAACGCGGACCCGAGGGAAGCGGUUCUUGCAAUAUAACCGUCGUCAGCUUUCCAGAGUUUAUCCGCGAGGGCAAAGGCUGGACUCCUCGAACUAUGACCCCCUUCCCAUGUGGCUUUGUGGCUCCCAGCUGGUUGCACUCAACUUCCAGACCCCUGAUAAGCCAAUGCAGCUGAACCAGGCCUUAUUCUUGCUGGGCGGAGGGUGCGGCUAUGUGACUCAGCCUGACAUCAUGAGGGACGAUACAUUUGACCCAUUUGAUAAGGACACCCUACGUGUAGAGCCAAUUACCGUCCAGCUACAGGUACUGGGAGCCCGUCAUCUGCCCAAGAACGGUCGCAGCAUUGUCUGCCCCUUUGUGGAGGUGGAGAUCUGCGGGGCUGACUAUGAUAGCUGCAAGAGCAAGACAGAUGUUGUAGCUGAUAAUGGUUUGAACCCUGUGUGGGUGCAGAGGCAGUUUGUGUUUGACAUCCACAACCCUUCCUUCUCCUUUUUGCGCUUUACCGUUUUUGAGGAAGACAUGUUUAGUGACCCGAACUUCCUGGCCCAGGCUACGUACCCUGUCCGCUCACUCCGAACAGGCUACAGGAGUGUACCUCUGAAGAACAGCUACAGUGAAGAGCUGGAGUUGGCCUCUCUUCUGGUCCACAUUGAAAUUGUGAAUGCAAAGGAAGAAGAUGAUGAGAACCUUUACACAUCGAUCCAGCGUCUGCGGGAUCGGACAAGCGAAUUGUCGAAUCAGGUAUCGGUUCUGGAGAGGUCUGGCUCAGCGGACCUCAGUUACCAGCAGAGUCUUGAGGAGCUCAGGGCUGCUCAGGACCAGCUCAGCGAGCUGGUGGAGGCUCGCAACCGCAGGUUGAUGGAGAAGAAAAGGAGGGAGAAACUGAGACAGCGGGUGGCCUCAAAACGCAGCUAAACCUUCUUUCCACCAGAGGGCGCUACCUCCAUAACAGACCAGUGCCCGGCGUUCCCCACCACCAGGCCUGUGCUGUCGCAGCCUGUGAAACAGCUCUCUAUUGACACGGAAUGCAAUCCGAGAAUAACUGGAAAAAAAAAAAACAACAAACAUGCUAUAUGCGCUUAGGAAAUAAUAUCAGACUGCAUAGCACUUUGCUGUGCGAAUGGCAGCAUAUUGGAAUUCAAUAUUAAUAAUAUAAGCAACAUAUGGAUACAUCUCAUGGACUAAAAAUGUUAAAAUUCUAAUUUUUAAUAAAAAAAAUGAACACAAUCAUGCACAGGGGAAAAAAGGGGAGAAGAAAACUCAGGUUACAUGAAAGGACAGAGCUAAGAAAUGUCCUGUCUGGUAGGAUUAGGGGACAAGAGGACACGCGUAGCAAAUGGAAAUAACAUGUCUGUGCCUUUGACGUUCGUGUGAAACACGCGGUGUUCGUGUCUGUAGCGUGUAGUUGCACUAUAAUGUGUCUGGUAUAGCAGAGAGUUAGAGCCAACGGACGCAGUAGGUCAUACGCCACACCUCAUUGAGCAACGCGCUUUAACAACUGGAAUCGUGGACCUUGAUAGGACCACAGCAUAGAGACUGCGGAAGGACACUCUAUUCUUGGCUUGGAGUCCUAGAGACAGAAGAAUACAAGACACUGCCCAUGAAAUGGGCUUCAAGAAAUUUGAAAAGGGAGCAUGAAGAAGACAAAAGUCUAUUCCUCAUAAUCAAGACCAAGUCUUUUUGUGGAUGAUCACAUGGACUCCUCGGGUGGUGGGGGGCCCCCUGUCACGGCCCUCGUCCUCCCUGGGAGAGCGUAAACUGGAUGAACGGUGCUCAGAAAAUCCUCACCAAACCACACCUACAAGGUCUUUUAACACUUAAAAGGGCUCUAAAUAUACUACCUUCAGAGAGUCGAGGGGACAGAGAGGGGGGAAGGAGAGAGAUGAAGCUGGGUGUCUCUGGACGUCACCUUUAAAAGGGGAUCAGGUGUGUUUCUCUCGGUCAGACACGUGACAAACAAGGGCUAUCACAGUAACUAGCAAAGCACUCUUUUACCUGCCGGCUGUCAGUACCGUGCAGAUAUAUACACAUAUAUGUGUCAUGCCUCACGUCAGACCCACAACACCUGGGAUUGGUUUUCACAGCCGGGCUCGAAUCAAACCGAAACGGCUGCUGGACUGAUCUCAGUUCUGCCGGAAGCGGCCUCUGCCCACUGCAUGGCUUCAGAUCUGAUAACACCCUGCUCCUUUUCUGCCUCUUUCCUCUGUAGUUACAUCCCCUUCCCAUCAAUUCCGUCUAUUUUCUCAUUGUAUAUAACUUGUUUUAUUUAUCACACAGGUAUAUAUCCUGUUACAAUAGAUAAAAAGAACAUAUUAAAUAAACGAUAAUGGACUCCAGACUGAAGCAACUGUAACUUUGUUUAGAAAUUAAUAUUGUGUAACUGAAACUCCCUUUAAACAUCCCCAUAGACAGAAACCUCUCUCCUGCUCCCUACGUUACAACUGCACUGGGUAGGGACUUCUAUGCAAAAUUCGCCUUCUCGGCCCGACUCGUGUUUUAGGCAAUUUGAUUCAAGCUGUGUUUCUCUCUAUAUCUAUGCUAACUGUUCCAAUAUUAUUCCUGUGCAAGUCCCCAUUUAAUAAUGCUCUUUCAUGUAAUCUUGUCUGUUGGUCACUUUGGAAUAAAGCUGUAGCAGGGGAAUAAAAACAAAGCCAGC